AUGGAUCCAUUUUUACAACAGCUACUUGCGUACCAACAGGCACAGGCGCAGACAAAGGCCCAGGCCCAGCGCCCACCGAAGUAUCCGCAAUAUCCGGGGUACUUCAGCUACGGGAGUCCGAACGAUGAACCCUAUGGCCCUAGUGGUUAUGGCAGCUUCCCUGGGAGGUACCAUCCAUCAAGAAAUUACAGAGGUUACGAUGUACCAGCUGCAUCGUUUUAUCCGCAGCCUUCCUAUUUCAAAGCUCCAACGGCAUACUAUGACAAUGGGGAAGAGGAAGAAUAUGAUUCGGAGGACGCUGACGGCGGAGUCGGUGCUGAUGAUGGAGAACUUAGUGGAGCUUCUACCGUUCCAGCUGCCUUUACCAACUUUGGUUUAGGUGGUGACAUUGGAGAAGAUGAAGAUGACAAUGAGGAUCAGGAAGAGGAGGCGAAUGGCGACGAUGGUAGCAACGUCCCUGGCUACCAAUUUGCCGGCAUCCCACUUAAGGGUGCUUCAGGGUAUCCACGGAAUGUGAUUUAUUUUACUAGACCGAAUGCAAGGCCAAAGACCAAAGUUGUCCCUUCUUCCGAGUACUCCGGAUUUCCUUUAACAGGAGCUGGCACCUCUAUUCCAACCCAGUCUUCCUUUGAUCCAUCUGCCUUUGCUGCAAAAAAUAAACGUCAAAGACAACAGAAACAACCAAUGUACAUUAUGGACAGAUACGGGAAUUUGUAUCCAUACCAGCCACCAACUGCGGCCGAAAGUUAUCCAAGCGAAAGAAAAGACAUCGAUGCUAAUCAGUUGAUCAGGAUGUUGUUAGGCGCAGGUGAUCAUAAGGGUGAAGAUGAUACUUCGGAUAGGCAGCCAGAAACAGAUAUAGUGAAAAAUACCCCUGGCGGACAAGAAAAUGAGCAGCAACGUGACCUUGAGGCUGCUGCUUUAUCCAAGGCCAUUAAUGACGAACUGGAAGCAGAAGUCAAACUAGCCAACAAAAAAGCAGAGGUAGAACAACAGAACAGCGGUACCGAAACGGUUAGCUCGAAGCAGCCUACCGCUGUUGAGGAAACUCCACUUACUAGAGAAGGUUUGGCUGAUAUUUUGAGCCAAUUGGCGAAGAGCGAAGAGGCACAGUCAUCGGUUCCACCUCCAAUUGCAGAUGCUGGCAGCAUUCCUGCACCAAAUGUGAUUCCUAUGCCUCAGAAACUGAGGAGAAGAUCCACCGCUCCUUCCUUGAAUGUACAUAAGGCCGACAAGAGUGCAGAUGAAGCAUCCGCACUAAACGCAAACAAGAAGCCGACUGUUGUUGCUGAUGUCAAGGUAUCUGCUCCUCAAUUGAAGAAGAAAAAUCUACCAUUUUCUCCUCCACUAAAUGUGUACGAAUUCAAAAGCAAAUACAUUGUUGUCAUUUCAUUGCCUGGAGUGAGCAAGGAAUUUGUUGAAAUCGACUAUCACCCAACAAGCAACGAAUUGAUCAUCAAAGGUGAAGCGAAGAAUAAGUAUUUGAGUGACGAUGACGAGGCUGCCAAUGCUUUUGUUUUAAAGUUAAGUGAACAGAGAUUUGGUAGUUUCGAGAGAAUUGUAAAACUUCCUGCUUAUCCUGGUAUCGAGGAUACCCAGAUCAAGGCGAAGUUUAUCAACGGUUUACUGGAGAUCAAACUACCUAAAGUGGACGAGUCGAAACUGCAGAAGGAGGCCAAGAAGAUUGUGUUGGAGGAUGUUCCAGACGAGGAAUUGGAAAGAGAGAGCGGCAAGGGGUACAUUUGA